CAGUCUGUCUAUCUGUCAGAGGGAGCAGCCAGACCUCCUCACAUCAAGUGGUCACGGCUCGGUGUCGGUUCCGGUGGGUCUCGCUCUUCCAGGUGCCGCUGAACGGAACACCUUCCGCGGAUGCUUUUUUGCGCAGAAACCCCCUUCAUCAGCACCCAGACCUCCUCCUCCUCCUCCUCCAUCAGAGCCGCAGCUGGUUCAUCAGAGCGGGUCUCCAGGAGCUCUGUGAAGAGGGGAUGAUGCCAGAACCGCCUCGGCUCUCCAUCUCCCCUCCGUCCCAGCUCCCGUGUCUUUUCCUUGUUUGGUUUUAGAUGUUUGUCAGGGGGAUCGUUAGGAUUUUCUCUGAAAUUAUGUUCACAUUUGCUGCCUUCUGCUACAUGCUGUCUCUGGUCCUCUGUGUCUCCCUCAUCUUCUUUGCAAUAUGGCACAUAACAGCCUUUGAUGAGCUCCAGGCUGACUUCAAGGUGCCAAUCGAUCAGGGCAAUCCACUCCAUGCGAGGGAGAGACUGCGAAACAUUGAGAGAAUCUGCAACCUGCUAAGGAAGUUGGUGCUGCCAGAGUACUCCAUCCAUGGUCUGUUCUGCAUAAUGUUCCUGUGUGCCCAGGAGUGGCUCACUGUGGGCCUUAACAUCCCCUUGCUUUUCUACAACACUUGGAGCAGGUACUUCCAUUCCCCAACGGAUACUAAGGAGCUGCUCUACGACCCAGCGUCCGUGAUGAAUGGUGACACGCUCAAAUUCUGCCAGAAGGAGGCCUGGUGCAAGCUGUUCUUCUUUGUCUUGUCCUUCUUCUACUAUCUCUACUGUGUAUGGACCCUGGAAAUAUCCCUCUAUUAGGUCUUUUCAGUGGAAACUCUUGAAGGACAAGCUGGAGGGACUAUGUUUUACAGCUGACCUGGGAACACCUUGGGAUUCCCCUGUAUGAGCUGGUCCAAAUGACUGGAGAGAGGGAAGUCUGGGUCUCUCUGCUUAGGCUGGUGCCACCCGACCCGAUCUCACAUAAGCAGAAGAAAACAGUCAAACAAAUGGACCAAAGAAAAUGAUGCACAUUAAAAUUUCUCCUAAAUGUAUCAAAGUCUUCUUGUUGAGAAUGUGUUUUGUCUGUUGUUUUGUUCAUGUCGCCCUUGUGUGUCUUCUCAGUGUAAUUACCACUCAUCAUUCCUCAGUCUGUUUUCUAGGUCACUCAUUGUAUUAUGCUCACCUGUUGUUUGUUUUGUAAUCAGUCUUCUCUUCAGCUGUCGCUCAUUUCUCAUGUCUUCUGUUAGUAUACAGUAUAUUCUGGUUCAGUUCUUCAUCUCAUCGCUGGUUCAUUGUUUGGUUCCCCUACCAUACUGUCUGAUGUGUUCUGUGGUCUCCUUGAGUUUGUAUUUGUUUGCUGCCUCGACAGCUUUUGAUUUAAUUUUGUCAAAUAAAUCUUUUAUUUUCUAAAACUUAACUCUUCGCCUGGAACUGGGUUCGCUCCUUCACCACUUCAUCACACUUCUUUGCAGAAUAUUAGGUAACUGAUGACUUACUACUUUAUUUCUUUCCUUGAUGAGAUGAUGAUUUUUAUUCAGUAUAUAGUAACAUUACGAAAUAGCUGCCAGUGUUUACUGUUUACAGAAUACGUUAAAAGACAGAGCAACCUCACAGAAUUAGGAAUGCAUAACAUAAAUGUUUGAAAAAUGUAAAAUGUAGUGUUCUUCCCUUUUUCGUUCCAAAUUCGAAUUAAAAAAUUUCCAUUUUGACAAAAAUUGGUAAAAUUAUUCAAAGCCCUGGGGCCCUGCCACUGCAAAGCUUUUUAACUACCUCUGUGACCUCUAUUCCAGCUAUAGACCAACCAAGCCCCAAGUCCCCAGACUCUGCUUCCUCCAUGGAAGACAUGUUGGUGGGAUUGAGAAGUUCUGAAACUUUCCUUCCACUGUCCAAUGAUAUCAUUGCUCAAGGUCAACAGUAUCCACUUUCCACUCCAGUGUUGGCAAAGCACUGAUUCCUCUUCUUGUGCUGCCUGAUGGUUUGCCAAAACCUUAUCUGAGAUCCAAUUGAGAAUUAUUAUCCAAGGCUUCACCUACUCCUCCCACAUUUGAGCUUUAGCCUCAGCAACAGCCCACUUAGCCCACCAAUAUGUAGCUGAUACCUGCAGAGUCCUACAAGCCAACAAGGCCAGAUAGGUCUGCUUCUUCUACUUAAUAUUGACCCUCACCACCAUAUUCGAGUUUGGACAUUACAAGAGGCACCAACAGUCUUGAAGCUACAGCUCAAAAUAGUCACAUUGAUAAAUGAGAAAGAGAACAUGACCCACACAAUUUGAAAACAUGGUUCUGGCACAAGACACCUGUGUGAUGAAUUUAACAAAUAAAUGUGGAGUGCUAUUAAAUUAUUGACACCACUUUAAAUACUUAGUUUAAUGAAAAAAAGAAACAAAAGCCUUAUUCUAU